AUGGAGGAGAGACGGGAGAAAAAUGAGACCCUUCUGGACUCCCAGGCAGAGGGCCCACGCUCAGUACGUCUACAGGGAGCGGAGGGGCCCCUGCGGAUCCAGAGUCGCAAACAGGCUCGAUGGAUGUGCGACGGUUCGGCAGUUCUGGCUCUCCUGUUAGCUGGCUAUUUAGCGCAGCAGUAUUUACCAAUGCCAACACCGAAAGUAAUUGGGAUUGAUCUUGGCACGACUUACUGCUCUGUUGGUGUCUUCCUCCCUGGAACUGGGCAAGUGAAGGUUAUUGCGGACGAAAAUGGUCACAACAGCAUUCCAAGCAUAGUGUCUUUCACAGACAGAGAGGUCUAUGUGGGCUACGAUGGCCUAGAACUGGCCGAUUCAAAUCCACAGAACACUAUAUAUGACGCCAAAAGAUUCAUUGGAAAAGUCUUCACUCCAGAAGAACUGAAAAAUGAAAGUAGCAGAUAUCCAUUUAAGAUUUUAAACAAGAAUGGAUUGGCUGAAUUUUCUGUGACAACCAACACAACCUUUCAUGUCACUCCAGAGUAUAUUGGCUCCCAGCUGCUUCUGAAGUUGAAGAGAAUGGCAGAAGACUCUCUUGGCAUGCCUGUUUCAAAGGCAGUCAUCUCUGUACCAGCAGAGUUUGAUGAAAAGCAGCGCAAUUCUACCAUUAAGGCAGCUAACCUUGCAGGGCUAGAAAUUUUGCGCGUGAUAAACGAACCCACUGCUGCAGCUAUGGCCUACGGCCUCCACAAAGCUGAUGUGUUUAAUGUCCUCGUGGUGGAUUUGGGUGGAGGAACGUUAGACGUUUCCCUGUUGAACAAGCAGGGAGGGAUGUUCCUCACGCGAGCCAUGGCAGGUAACAACAAACUUGGAGGUCAGGAUUUUAAUCAAAGGUUGUUGCAGCAUUUGUAUGCUCAGCUCCAUCAAAGGUAUGGUUCUCUACCAUCAAGAAAAGAAGAAAUACAUCGACUCAGGCAGGCUGUGGAAGCAGUUAAAUUAAACCUGACUGUGCACGAGACCUCUACAAUAAAAGUGGCAUUGACUAUCCCAGAAAAGAUUACAAAAGAUCUUCCAGAAAGUGAGCUGACCAAAAAUACCAUGUUUAAAGACAAGCCUUCACAAAUAACAAAAGAAGAGAAAAAUCUUGAAGGAGCAAACCCACAAGCACAGAACAACUUUGUCACAGUUGUGUUUGAAAUGGAAAUCUCUAGAAAGCUCUUUGAGAUGUUGAAUGAGGACCUUUUUGAGAAGAUUCUUGUGCCCAUUGAGCAGGUGUUGAAGGAAGGCCACCUACACAAAGCAGAAGUGGAUGAAAUUGUGUUAGUUGGAGGUUCCACACGGAUCCCUCAAAUCCGCAAAGUUAUUCGAGAUUUCUUUGGAAAGGAACCUAACACCUCUGUAGAUCCUGAUUUAGCUGUGGUAACGGGUGUAGCCAUCCAAGCAGGAAUCGUUGGGGGGUCUUGGCCUCUCCAAGUUAGUGCUGUAGAAAUUCCUAAUAGGCAUUUACGGAAAACUAAUUUUAACUGAAAAUAAGCUUUCCCAUUGCAUUCCAUUUCUCCAGUGCACUAUGGCAGUGCAUACUUAUCUCCCUGGCAAUGAAGCCUAAUCUUAGCCAUAUUAUAUUCUUUUUUGUAUCUAUACCAAUUAGGUGCUGCUGGACAUCUAGAUUUGUUAAAGCUAAAUGUUACUUUAAAGGUAUGAGUGAUUUUUAAGUUCUGAAGUGUCCCCUGAUGACUUAUAGAUGGAAAUAUCAGAUGAAAAUGCUAAUCAUGCAUAGACA